CGACAAACAACUUCAACCCAUCCAUCCGACUUCCAGCACGGGCGACAAGCGACACGACAGACACCAGCCAUGUCUGCCCCGCCGCCCCCAGGAUUCGGUGCCGUGCCACCAGGCUUCCAUGCCAACGGCGACACGCGCGGCAUGGAGGGCGACUUUUUCGGCACGCUCUCGCAAGCCGAGAUUGAGAAGAAGGCUCGGAAAUGGCGACAGAUGCAGAAGAAGCGCUUCAACGAGAAGCGCAGGCUCGGCGGCGGCGGCGGUAUCGACAUGGGCAAGGCCGAGCUGCCACCAGAACACAUCCGCAAAAUUAUCAAGGACCACGGCGACAUGUCGAACCGCAAGUUCCGCAACGACAAGCGCGUCCACCUCGGCGCGCUCAAGUACGUGCCCCACGCGGUGAUGAAGCUCCUCGAGAACAUUCCGAACCCGUGGGAGCAGGUGCGCGAGGUCAAGGUGCUGUACCACGUCUCGGGUGCCAUUACCUUUGUCAACGAGGUGCCGCGCGUCAUUGAGCCAGUGUACCAUGCACAGUGGGCGUCCAUGUGGCUUGCGAUGCGUCGAGAGAAGCGUGAUCGUCGCCACUUUAAGCGUAUGCGAUUCCCGCCAUUUGACGACGAGGAGCCGCCGAUGGACUAUGGAGACAACGUGCUGGACGUGGAGCCACUCGAGGCGAUUCAGCUCGAGCUCGAUGAGGAGGACGACAGUGAGAUCAUCGACUGGUUCUAUGACCCUAAGCCGCUUGAGGACACGAAGCAGGUCAAUGGUUCGAGCUACAGGACGUACCAGGUCACGCUGCCACAAAUGUCCAACCUGUACCGCAUCGGUCGUCAGCUGCUGAGCGACUACACGGACAAGAACGCCUUCUACCUGUUCGACAAGAAGAGCUUCUUCACGGCCAAGGCGCUCAACAUUGCGCUUCCCGGUGGACCAAAGUUUGAGCCCAUGUACCGUGACAUGGACUCGUUUGACGAGGACUGGAACGAGUUCAACGACAUCAACAAGGUCAUUAUCCGUGGCCUCAUCCGCUCAGAGUACAAGGUCGCUUUCCCGCACCUGUACAACUCGCUCCCCCGUUCCGUCCACAUCGACCUGUACCACGAGCCCAAGAACGUCUACAUCAAGACGGACGACCCCGACCUCCCAGCCUUCUACUUUGACCCCCUCAUCAACCCCAUCUCGCAGCGUGUGGUUGCCGAGGCUCACAAGGAGCUCGUGCCUCACGAGGACCUGGUGUUUGGGUACGGAAACGACGAGGACGACGACUUUGAGCUUCCCGACGAGCUCGAGCCGUUCCUGGACAACCGCGACCUCGAGAACGACAUGACGGCUGACGCCAUUGCACUAUACUGGGCGCCCUACCCAUACAACCAGCGCUCUGGCAACACGCGCCGCGCGCAGGACGUGCCCAUGGUCAAGAACAUGUACCUCGAGCACUGCCCGCCCGACCAGCCCGUCAAGGUCCGCGUCUCGUACCAGAAGCUGCUCAAGGUGUACGUUCUCAACGCGCUCCACCACAAGCACCCCAAGCCCAUGGUCAAGCGCAACCUGUUCCGCUCGUUGAAGAACACCAAGUUCUUCCAGUCGACCACGCUCGACUGGGUCGAGGCCGGUCUCCAGGUCUGCCGACAGGGUUACAACAUGCUCAACCUUCUCAUUCACCGCAAGAACCUCAACUACCUGCACCUCGACUACAACAUGAACCUCAAGCCCAUCAAGACGCUUACCACCAAGGAGCGCAAGAAGUCUCGUUUCGGUAACGCCUUCCACUUGAUCCGCGAGAUUCUGCGUCUCACCAAGCUCAUUGUCGACGCCCACGUCCAGUUCCGUCUCGGCAACGUCGACGCCUUCCAGCUUGCCGACGGUCUCCAGUACAUGUUUGCGCACGUCGGCCAGCUGACGGGCAUGUACCGUUACAAGUACAAGCUCAUGAAGCAGAUCCGCAUGACCAAGGACCUCAAGCACAUCAUCUACUCGCGCUUCAACACGGGCCCCGUCGGCAAGGGUCCCGGUGUCGGCUUCUGGCAGCCCGGAUGGCGCGUGUGGCUCUUCUUCAUGCGCGGUAUCGUUCCUCUGCUCGAGCGCUGGCUCGGCAACCUGCUCGCACGUCAAUUCGAGGGCCGUAACUCGAAGGGUGUCGCCAAGACGGUCACCAAGCAGCGUGUCGAGUCGCACUUCGACCUCGAGCUGCGUGCCGCCGUCAUGCACGACAUUCUCGACAUGAUGCCCGAGUCGAUCAAGCAGAACAAGGCCAAGACGAUCCUUCAGCACUUGUCCGAGGCGUGGCGUUGCUGGAAGGCCAACAUCCCAUGGAAGGUGCCCGGCAUGCCUGCCCCGAUCGAGAACAUUAUCCUCCGUUACAUCAAGUCCAAGUCGGACUGGUGGACCUCGGUCGCCCACUACAACCGUGAGCGUAUUCGCCGCGGUGCGACUGUCGACAAGGCUGUCGUGCGCAAGAACCUGGGUCGUCUUACCCGUCUCUACCUCAAGGCUGAGCAGGAGCGCCAGAACGGCUACCUCAAGGACGGUCCUUACAUCUCGUCCGAGGAGGCUGUCGCCAUCUACACCUCCACGGUCCACUGGCUCGAGAGCCGCAAGUUUGCGCCCAUCCCCUUCCCCCCUCUCUCGUACAAGCACGACACCAAGCUGCUCGUGCUCGCACUCGAGAAGCUCAAGGAGGCGUACAGCGUUCACGGCCGUCUCAACCAGUCGCAGCGUGAGGAGCUGGCCCUCGUCGAGCAGGCCUACGACAACCCCCACGAGUGCUUGUCGCGUAUCAAGCGUCUGCUGCUCACCCAGCGUGCGUUCAAGGAGGCCGGUAUCGAGUUCUUCGACACGUACGACAAGCUCAUCCCGUGCUACGACAUUGAGCCUGUGGAGAAGGUCACCGACGCCUACCUCGACCAGUUCCUCUGGUACGAGGGUGACAAGCGCCACCUCUUCCCCGCAUGGAUCAAGCCUGCCGACACUGAGCCCCCUCCCCUCCUCGUGUACAAGUGGUGCCAGGGUAUUAACAACCUCACCGACAUUUGGGACACGAACGAGGGCGAGUGUGUCGUCAUGAUGGAGACGGUCCUGUCGCGCGUGUACGAAAAGGUCGACCUGACCCUGCUCAACCGUCUACUCCGUCUCAUCAUGGACCACAACUUGGCCGACUACAUCACCGCCAAGAACAACUUGACGCUUACGUUCAAGGACAUGUCGCACAUCAACGCCUACGGUAUGAUCCGUGGUCUGCAGUUCUCGAGCUUUGUGUUCCAGUACUACGGCCUCGUGCUCGACCUGCUCAUCCUUGGUCUCCAACGUGCUUCCGAGAUGGCCGGUCCCCCUGGCGCUCCCAACGGCUUCCUGCAGUACCGCGACCAGGCGACGGAGACCCGUCACCCCAUUCGCUUCUACUCGCGUUACAUUGACCGCAUCCACAUCCUCUUCCGUUUCACUGCCGAGGAGGCGCGUGAUCUCAUCCAGAGGUACUUGUCGGUUCAGCCUGACCCGAACAACGAAAACAUGAUCGGCUACAACAACAAGCGCUGCUGGCCCCGCGACUGCCGUAUGCGUCUCAACAAGCACGACGUCAACCUCGGCCGCAGUGUCUACUGGAACGUCAAGUCGUCGCUGCCCCGCUCGCUCACCACCAUCGAGUGGGAGGACACCAUGGUCUCGGUCUACUCCAAGGACAACCCGCAGCUCUUGUUCUCCAUGUCGGGCUUCGAGGUCCGUAUCCUGCCCCGUGUCCGAACCGAGCAGGGCGAGCAGUACACGCUCAAGGACGGCGUGUGGAACCUCGUGCAGGAGUCGACCAAGGAGCGCACCGCCCAGGCCUUCCUCCGCGUCUCGGACCAGGGUAUCCAGGACUUUAACAACCGUAUCCGCCAGGUGCUCAUGUCGUCUGGUUCGGCCACCUUCUCCAAGAUUAUCAACAAGUGGAACACGGCUCUGAUCGGUCUCAUGACCUACUACCGCGAGGCAGUCGUCACCACCCCAGAGCUACUCGACUCGCUCGUCAAGGCCGAGAACAAGGUCCAGACGCGUGUCAAGAUUGGUCUCAACUCGAAGAUGCCCUCGCGUUUCCCGCCGGCCGUCUUCUACUCGCCCAAGGAGCUGGGUGGUCUCGGUAUGCUGUCGAUGGGUUUCGUCCUCAUCCCGACGUCCGACCUCCGCUGGUCCAAGCAGACCGACAGUGGAGGCAUCACCCACUUCCGCUCGGGUAUGACGCACGAGGAGGACCAGCUCAUCCCCAACCUGUACCGUUACAUCCAGCCGUGGGAGGCCGAGUUCCUCGACUCGGCGCGUGUCUGGAGCGAGUACGCCAUGAAGCGCAAGGAGGCGACGGCGUCCAACCGCCGUCUCACGCUCGAGGACCUCGAGGACUCGUGGGACCGCGGUAUCCCCCGUAUCAACACGCUCUUCCAGAAGGACAGGCACACGCUCGCGUACGACAAGGGAUGGCGCGUCCGCGUCGCAUUCCAGCAGUACCACCGUCUGCGCGCCAACCCCUUCUGGUGGACAAACCAGCGCCACGACGGCAAGCUGUGGCAGCUUAACUCGUACCGUAUUGAUAUCAUCGCCGCGCUCGGCGGUGUCGAGGGCAUUCUGGAGCACUCGCUCUUCAAGGGCACAGGCUUCCCCACCUGGGAAGGUCUCUUUUGGGAGAAAUCGUCCGGAUUUGAAGAGUCGAUGAAGUACAAGAAACUCACGAAUGCGCAGCGUUCCGGUCUAUCACAAAUUCCGAACCGUCGAUUUACGCUCUGGUGGUCGCCGACGAUCAAUCGUGCGAACGUUUACGUCGGUUUCCAGGUCCAACUUGACCUCACGGGCAUCUUCAUGCAUGGAAAAAUCCCGAUCUCCCUCAUUCAGAUCAUGCGCGCCCAUCUGUGGCAGAAGAUCCACGAGUCCGUCGUCAUGGACUUGGCACAAGUCCUCGACCAAGAGAUGGAGGCCCUCAGCAUCGAGAGUGUCCAGAAGGAGCAGGUCCACCCGCGUAAGAGUUACAAGAUGAACUCUUCGGCCUCCGACCUGCUCCUCUUCUCGUCGCACAAGUGGCAGAUCUCGCGGCCGUCGCUCCUCACCGACAACCGCGACACGAUGGACGGCACCACGUCGGCCAAGUUCUGGAUCGACGUCCAGCUCCGCUGGGGUGACUUUGACUCGCACGACAUUGAGCGUUAUGCCCGUGCCAAGUACCUCGACUACUCGUCCGACUCGCAGUCCAUUUACCCGUCGCCGACCGGUACCCUCAUCGCGAUCGACCUCGCGUACAACAUUUACGCCGGUUACGGCUGUUGGUUCCCCGGCUUCAAGCCGCUCAUGCAGCAGGCCAUGGCCAAGAUCAUGAAGGCCAACCCUGCGCUCUACGUCCUGCGCGAGCGUAUCCGCAAGGGUCUCCAGCUCUACUCGUCCGAGCCUACCGAGCCGUACCUCAACUCGUCCAACUACUCGGAGCUCUUCUCCAACCAGGUCAUCUGGUUCGUCGACGACACCAACGUGUACCGUGUCACGAUCCACAAGACGUUCGAGGGCAACUUGACGACCAAGCCUAUCAACGGUGCGAUUUUCAUCUUCAACCCCCGUACCGGCCAGCUCUUCCUCAAGAUUAUCCACACGUCCGUGUGGGCCGGUCAGAAGCGUCUCGGUCAGCUCGCCAAGUGGAAGACUGCCGAGGAAGUCGCCGCGCUUAUCCGUUCGCUCCCCGUCGAAGAGCAGCCCAAGCAGGUCAUUGUCACCCGUAAGGGUAUGCUUGACCCCCUCGAGGUCCACCUGCUCGACUUCCCCAACAUUGUCAUCAAGGGAUCCGAGCUCCAGCUUCCCUUCCAGGCUACCCUCAAGAUGGAGAAGUUUGGUGACCUCAUCCUCCGUGCGACGCAGCCCCAGCUCGUGCUCUUCAACCUGUACGACGACUGGCUCAAGAGCAUCUCGAGCUACACUGCGUUCUCGCGUCUCAUCCUCAUCCUCCGUGCGCUGCACGUCAACAACGAAAAGUCCAAGAUCAUCCUGCGUCCCGACCGCAACACGAUCACCGAGUCGUACCACGUCUGGCCCACGCUCUCGGACGAGGAAUGGAUGAAGGUCGAAGUCGCGCUCAAGGACGUCAUCCUGUCCGACUUUGGCAAGCGCAACAGUGUCAACGUCGCUUCGCUUACCGCGAGUGAAAUCCGUGACAUUAUCCUCGGUAUGGAGAUCUCGGCUCCUUCCAUCCAGCGCCAGCAGAUGGCCGAGAUUGAAAAGUCGACCGAGGCCGCCGCCCAGGUCACGGCCGUCCAGACCCAGACGACCAACAUCCACGGUGACGUCAUCCAGACUGUCACUUCGACCCAGUACGAGGUGCAGACGUUUGCGUCCAAGUCGGACUGGCGUGUGCGUGCCAUCAGCGCGACCAACCUGCCGCUCCGUGUCAACCACCUGUACGUCGGCAACGACGACGUCAACCAGGACGGCGGCUUCACGUUCGUCAUGCCCAAGAACAUCCUGCGCACCUUCAUCGUCAGCGCCGACCUGCGUACCCAGGUUGUCGGCUACCUCUACGGCUCGUCGCCUCCCGACAACAAGUCGGUCAAGGAGAUCAAGGCGAUUGCAUGGAUUCCCCAGCGCGGCACUGCCAACUCGGUCGAGCUGCCCGCCGCGCUCCCCAAGCACGAGUUCCUGCUCAAGGACAUGGAGCCUCUGGGUUGGAUCAAGACCCAGAGCCAGGAGCUCAACCACCUCGCGCCGGCUGACCUCACGACGCAGGCCAAGAUCAUGGCGGCCAACCCCGAGUGGGGACCCAACUCGAUCUGCGUCACCUGCGCCUUCACGCCCGGUUCCGUGUCGCUCAACGCGUGGGAGAUCACCGUCGCCGGCUUCGAGUGGGGCCGCAAGAACGAGGACGUCACGGGCGCGCACGCGGGCUUCAACCCGUCCAUGGCCGAGCGCGUCCAGCUCCUCCUCUCGGACCGUAUCCUCGGUUCGACGCUCGUCCCCGACGGAGGCGUCUGGAACUACGGUGUCGGCCUCACCCAGAGCUGGUCGGACAAGAUUGUGCCCAGCCUGACCCUCGACACGCCUGAGAAGUUCUGGUCGCCCGUGCACCGCCCCGCGGCCUUCCUCAACUUUGCGGCUAUGGAGGGAGACGACGCCGCCGACGUCGAGAAUGCUCUUGAAUGAGCAGUAUGAUUCGGGGUUUGUGUAGAGAGACUCAUGAGAGAGAGAAAGAGAGACAGAAAGUGCCUGCCAUGAUGUAGGCAGAGAGACGACGAGACCCACUUGUACCAAUUACCACGUUCAUACAGUUUAAAAAUGCAGUGACAGUGCA